UGCUCGAGUAUAUAAGAUGGGGGGUAUGAGAGGUCUGUCAUCAAUUCUUGGGUUGGUCUUCAAGAAAUCUGACAGAAAAUUCAUAUCAAAAUCUUCAUAGAAAAAAGAGAAACACUGGAUAUGGCGCCUACAAUUGCGAGCGGUAGACUACACGUCAUCUGUCUCUGUGUUCUCGUCUUUCUGAUGGCGGGGCAGUGCAGGGCAGACACUCUCCCAUCAACCCAAUUUGUGGUGAAACAAAGCGACGUAAAAAUUCAAGACCUUCAGCCUGAUGAAGCCUCUGGUAUUGCCGUAAGCCAUAAACACAAGAACGUCGUGUAUUCCUUCAACGACAGCGGCGACAAAAACAGAAUCUACGCUAUCAACGCCACUAACGGGAAAUCGGUGGGUGUCUUCACGUUUGGAAACUUUACACCCUACGAUAUGGAAGACAUUUCAGUGGCACCCUGUACUAACGGCUCCUCCGACUCGUGUAUCUACCUGGCUGACACGGGCUACCAGAGCUAUGCCCCGCCCCCAAGAAACAUCAUCUACAGGGUGAAGGAACCCGCUACCCUCGGGGAUCAACAGCUGCCCAUCGAUGGGGAACUCAAGUUUACGUGGGCGGAGCCAAACUGUGACACAAUGCUUGUGGACCCUCAUGGGAUUGUCUACGUCAUCUCCAGCAAGGUCGGAGGUCACGGGGUCAUGGGAAAACUUCCCAGCAGUGGCUGGACAACAGGGGAUCAACGAGUCAAACCCGAAAGAACUGUGGUGACAUCAGCGGCCGCGACAGCAACGCCCCCGAACCCUGACUGGUUUAACGAGUCUCCCCCGACUAGUAAUGCAUCGCCUCUGGCAGCCUCCCCUCUGGCCGCCUCCCCUCAGAGACCUUGA